AUGCAAGAGGGGAGGGUAGUUGCUUAUGUGUCCCGUCAGUUGAGGCCGUAUGGGUGUAAUUACUCGACCCAUGAUUUGGAGUUGGCAGCUAAGGAACUUAAUCUGAGGCAACGUUGUUGGCUAGAGCUUCUAAAGGAUUAUGAUUACGAGAUUGACUACCAUCCAGAAUUGCAGGUUAAGCCAACCUUGGCCGAGGAGAUCAAGGCCAAGCAACCUCUUGAUAGCUCCUUGCUCCCCGUCUUUGAUCAAUUGAGACAGGCUAUCCUCAGUGAGGCUCACGAUAGUCCAUAUGCUAUGCUACCCGGUGGAGAUAAAUUGUACUGGAUUCUGAGAGAGAUGUACCAUUGGGUCAGUAUGAAGAAGGGCAUCUCUGAUUUUGUGGCUAGAUAUUUGACUUGUCAGCAAGUUAAGGUAGAGCAACAGCAUCCGUAA